CCAUACCGAUAUCUGGUCGUCAACGUCAUUUAGUUCCCGCACGUCGAUGCAACUUGUGUUUUGUUUCUAGUAGUUCAGCACAGAUUUGUUUAGCCAUCUUAAUUCCUUUUGAUUCGGAAACUGCAAUUCCUGAUUUUGUCAGCAUCUUCUCGACUGUACUGGACUGUCCAAAGUCUACAAAGUUGUAGCUACCCAUCGCCUACCAAAAAUCAAACGAAACUUCCAUCUUUAACCUUUAUCUCUUCAAUUUUUCAAAAUUCCAAGGGAGAUGCUAGGAAGGACGGACGCAUCGACUAAAACAAAAAAUCUCAAACCCCUCGUAACAAUGAUGCAAAAUGGCAUGGAUUCGAUUCCGCAGCAAAAUGGGUCCAUACAUACCAACUCGUCCUCGUCUUCAAACUCACACAACUCAUCGUCGCAGACGAACCCUGGUGGAAACCAAGAGGAGAGCAAGACCAACCUUAUCGUCAAUUAUCUUCCGCAGACAAUGACCCAGGAAGAAAUUCGAUCACUAUUUUCAUCAAUCGGGGACGUGGAGAGUUGCAAACUUAUUAGAGAUAAAGUUACAGGGCAGAGUUUGGGUUAUGGAUUUGUAAAUUAUCACAGGCCCGAGGAUGCAGAAAAGGCUAUCAACACCCUAAAUGGGCUCAGGCUCCAAAACAAGACUAUCAAGGUAUCUUUUGCCAGGCCAAGUAGUGAAGCUAUAAAAGGAGCUAACCUAUAUGUUAGUGGACUGCCUAAAAAUAUGGCCCAACAAGACCUUGAGAACUUAUUCAGUCCUUAUGGUCGCAUCAUCACAUCAAGGAUCCUGUGUGAUAAUAUUACAGUUCGCCAAUUCGUCACUGGGGCUGGAGACAAUGUGCCAUGUCUAUCAAAAGGUGUAGGAUUCAUCAGGUUUGACCAACGCAUCGAGGCAGAACGGGCUAUACAGGAGCUGAACGGGACAAUACCGAAGGGGUCUACAGAACCUAUCACAGUGAAGUUCGCCAACAACCCGAGUAACAACAACAAGGCCAUCCCUCCGCUAGCCGCGUACCUGGCACCUCAGGCUGCUCGCAGGUUUGGUGGCCCCAUCCACCAUCCGACCGGCCGCUUCAGCACUGGAAAGACUCUGCUAGCCAUUAACAAAGGGUUACAGAGGUACUCUCCCUUGGCCGGAGACCUGCUAGCUAACUCGAUGUUGCCCGGCAACGCCAUGAACGGCUCUGGCUGGUGCAUUUUUGUAUACAAUUUGGCUCCAGAGACCGAGGAAAACGUCCUGUGGCAGCUGUUCGGACCGUUCGGUGCCGUUCAGAGUGUCAAAGUCAUCAGGGAUCUCCAGACAAAUAAAUGUAAGGGAUUCGGCUUCGUCACGAUGACCAACUACGACGAAGCUGUGGUCGCAAUCCAGUCACUUAACGGAUACACCCUCGGCAACCGUGUCCUUCAAGUCUCUUUCAAGACAAAUAAGAGUAAAGCUACAUAAACGUAACGAGUUUAUUAAUUUCUCUCUUUCUGUCCAAUAUUAAAACUAGUCACUUGAGCUGUGUUAAGGCUGGAAUCGUCCCUGCAUUGAUCUCAUUUUACCAGGUCAUCAGCGGACGUGGAUCCUGUUGCAUUUGUUUUUAUAUAAGCCCUUGUGUAAUUGGCUUGUACUUUAGCAAAAUUUCUGGUUGUAUGUGAAAGAAAGGGAUAAUCAUGUGAUAUUUAUAGUAAGUCAUUCUCGUCGCUGACGACUACCAGGGACUAUACAGCCUUUACAUUCACCACAGGUAAUACACAACUAAUUAAUAUUUCUAAUAACAGUACGUAUAAAUAAAUAUAUGACAGCGCAUAUAUUUAUUUAUGUUAAUGUGUAUUUAUACUCAAAAGAAAACUUCAAGCUAGUCAAAACUAGUGCAAGUCCUGUGUUUCCUAAAGAGUUUAUACAUAUUUAAAAAAUACGAAUAGAAAGUUUAGCAUUUAUAUUAUUGUUCAGCUUAUCCCUAUUUAUUACCAUUUAUAAUAAUUAUAAUUAUUAUUAUUAUUGUUAGUCGUAGUUGCAGCAGUAAUUGUAAUAGUGUUUUAGAGUUAUUCAGUGUUGUAUUUGAAAGCUUUUCUCUCUUUUCAUUGUACAGGUACAACAGAUAUUAGUUGAGUUAAUCGAGCACGUUCAUAGUGUUCGGUGAUAGUUGAUCAGGGGGUUGUCUCUGUACACUUGUACGUGUACCUAUCCGACUCUUGUACAGGCAACACCCUCGUCAACGGAACUGCAAAUACAAACAAUUCCUGCUGCACCAGUUCAUUUAUUGUUGAGCCGUCUGGUUCUGGUUUCUAUUCUGUGGGCGUUCAAUAGAUUUGCUAAAUAUUAAUCUACAUACCGAACAAAACUUUAAUGCAGUUUAAGAACUGUCCAGGACAAAUCUGACGUUUACUUUGUAAAUACGGUACAUGUUUUAUAGAGUAGCAAUUAAUUAAAAAUACUGAAUUGAAUGUUGCUAAUGCAAACAGUUGCAAUAAGUACAGGCUAUAUUAAGAUUAUGAAUUGUUCGAGUUCAGAAAUGUGUGCUUGAUGAUUUGGAUUUUCGAGGUUUUCUUUGGUUUUAUAGUUUAUUGAUUUAACUGUACCAAGUUAGUAGUUUGGUGUUUGUUUUUGGUUUCUUCUUUUAAUUUACUCACACAGGUUUUCACGUUUUUGUUUUGUGUAGCUUAGUUUAUGUAACUAAGAUGUUUUGUUUCGUGUGGUUUUUUUGAAUGAUAAAAGCCACAUAUAUUAUGAGUUAGAUUAAACUAUUAAUGGCUUUAUAUUGCAGUAUUUCUUUGGUUUCAUUUUGGUUUUUUGAUGUUAAUUAUAUUAAUUUAUGUGUGCUUAUGUGUUUUAAACUCUUACAAUAAAACGAAGUAAAAACUAGUAGGGUGUUUUAUUAUGUAGGUGUAUGUAAGAUAAAAAUUCGUAUUCCACUGAUCGGUUUGGGGAAUAACACAGACUUGCACCCCACAAAAGUUAUUAAAAGUUAGAAUUUUUAAACUUGAAUUUAUGUAUAUACAUAAAUACACAUGGAAGAAUGUACGUGUUUGAGUAUAUAUGUACAUACAUAAAGAUAUUUUAAGAAUAUAGGACGUAAAUUUUUGCUGCCCAGACUAAAUGUCAGCUUACAUGAUAAAUUUAUUUUUGUAUUUUAUACAAAUAUUAGCAUUCCUGAUGGGCAAACAAGCAAUCAAACUAUUGCUGGUGUGCAUGAACUGGUACUCUUACCUCUUAUACAAUGUCAUAAUAUUUAUGAAUACAUCUAUGUUUUGGACUUUGAAAGUAAGAUGUAAUAAAUUAAAGAAUAAAUAAAAUUAAUGGCCUAUAUCUGAUGCAGCUGCCUAGUUUGUAGAAAACGGAUGACAGUGGUGGUGUGUGCACGUCGCGUGCAAAGCUUAGAAUGACAAUGUGUGCGCAAGCGACGUGUUGACAGGCCACUGUACAUUCGAUCUCACAAUGCAAUAUGUCACCAGUUGAACCCAAGACUUUCAUUAUCACUAGUGUAAUAUUUGGAAAUUGAUAUUUUAUGUACAUACUAUAAAUAAUUAUAUAUACAAAUAUAUAUUUAAAUGUAUCGAUUUGCCUGAAAUUAGAAAAAAUCCUAGACAACAUUUUUUAUAUAGACGAUGUUGAGGGCGAAGUGAUGUCAGUGUGUUCACUCGGGAACGUAGCUGUAACGAUCCAUUCCUCUCCUGAGUUGGUGUGUAAAUUGUUUACAGAUAGACUUAUCAUGUAAGAGGUCAUUUUUAUUGUUUUCACUUAGAAAAUACAAUUACGAUAUUAUGUAAUUGUAUAGUUUGAGUUUGAUUCAUUCACUCUCUGUGUGUACAUAUAAGAAUGAGUGGUAUAGACUCGAAUGCUUCCAUGGUUCCGGAGACAGUUGGCUCAAGUAGGUAAUAGUGUCACAUGACUGGGAAUUACGUGCAAUACGGUAUUCUGCUCUUAACUUUAGUUUUUCACUUGAAAUUAAAUUUUUCAUCUGACUUGCGUUCUGCAGUCAAUUUGUAGCAGUUAAUGAAAGAUAUUGGCUUUAUUAUUUAUUAAAUUGUUUGCUCAAAGAGCAUAAUUACUCAUAGUAAAAGUAGAAACAAUUUCAUAAUUACGUAUUAUGCGAGUAUAAUUAAGUGAAAUGAUUUGGCAAUUUUUUACAUAAUUAAUAUAUUUGAUUACCAGUAAUUGUUUAGAGGAACGAAUAGGCCUAACAAUUUGUCUACAGGUAGGGAAUGCAACAAUAAAAAUGGGAACGAACCGUUUGUGUUUGUAAUUUUUAGUUUUUUUUAUAUAAAAGUGACACCAUAGAUUAACACCGUAGAAUAUGAGACAAUAUAGUGUUGUGUACAAAUAUAGUCUUAUGUUCCCGACAUUCCAUAUUAAGUAUAAGUUUCUCUGUACGAUCGUGUAUACUAUUAAGUGAGUUGAGUUUCUGUUAUCGUUUGAGUUAGCAUUCAAUUGUAAUGUAACAAAAUCUAUGUUUUCUACAACCGAUUAAAUCCUAUGGAAUGCAUUAUUAUGGAGAAUUGAGUUAUGUUAGCUGUCCUAGUAGUCCUGCUGCUACGAGCAGAGAACCGACGCGGACGGUGCGGCGCGACGGUUGUGGUACGGUAGCAUAUCAGUCGCGAGUCGCGCACCGACACCAAUCCAAUAUGUUUGCCUUUGUCGGAUGCCGCCUACUCUCACUCCAUCUACCCGACAAUACAAGCUUCUUGCUCCACACUAUUAUAAAUACGUGUUUUAUUGGUUUGGUCCCUUCUAUUGUCGUAGAAUCGCGUAGGUCACUGAACAUAGUGUAUAGAGUGUAGCUUGUAAAUUAUGAAAAGGCGACAUUCGACUAAAACACUUUCUGUGGAGUCACCGACUUGUCCAGUGAGAUAGGGAACUCUCCCUCGAGUAUCGUAGAGUUUUCACUCUGUUCCCCAAAAAUGGUUCCUAGAGUCGACCCGUGUUAAUUAAAAAAUGGUAAGUUUUAUCACCUACGAUGUUGACGACGUUAUAUGUGUAUAUAUGUAACACACGAUCUGGCCCUAACGACGCUAAUAUAUAAUGUGAUGGGACAAUGUGAUGUUGUGCAAUUUGUUUAUAGCUGCGGUUAGAGGGACAAUGGUGCGUAGUAGUGAUACUGUUUGACAAAGGAAAGCUAUUUUUAGAGGGAAGAUGGCCUAUACUAAUAGAAUUUAAAAGAGAUGUUGUUAAAAAGUGGGCCGAUAUUUGAGGAAAUAUUUUUGGAGGUUGUGGAUGACGGUUCAGACGUUAAAGAGCAUUUCAUAUUGUGAUGAUAUCUAUUCUAGUUAUACAGUACCAUAGGUCAUAACUUUUUGAAGCUUUACAUAAGAAAUUGUUUAUUAAUACUAAAAGGAUGCAAUUUUGCUAACGAUUUUGAGGAACUAGAUUCCUAACUCGAUAUUUUGUCUCUACUUUUGUGGUUUUGCUUUCCUGUGUCGUAUGUAGUUGCAUUAGUGACAUGUUUUUAAAGAACUUCUAUAUUAACUGUAUUUUAAUAUCAAUUUAUAUAAAACAUUAUAAUUCUUCUCCUUUAUGUGUUAAAUGGAUACCCUUCCCCAAACGCCACUCCACAAUGUACCCUUGUAAUACUUAUUUAAAAUUAGAAGUGUAGAUCAUCAUUUAGAGACAUUCUAUUUUCAACAACAAUGUUGUAAAAUUAUAUAUUAAAUUAGUUAGCUUUGAUUUAUUAUCUGAUCUGUGUGUGCGGGUGUGACCCGAGCUUUCUACUCUCUCUUCUCGUAUCUGAUCUAUCGACGUUUCACUUCACACCCGUUAGCUCAGAUAGAUAUGUUUGAUGUGUAUUUAAUAUCGUUCACCUUAUCCCUGUUUAGAUGAUUCUUUGAUGUGUUCUUUUGUAGUGUGUGUUUGAUUGUGCGUACUUUGACUAGUGUUUUGUUGACGACUGCAGUCAUUUCGGUCCAGCUUGGAGUGGUCCACACUUAUAGGAAAGGAUUGUCAUGAAUCUGGAUCCGCUAAAAUUCCGUACAUUUAUGUAUAUGUAUGUAUACAAUAGUAUACACACACUCGCACAUGUAUGUACUCAAUUUUGCAUCCACAAACACAUAUACACGUCACGUACGUGUAGAAUAUAUGAACAUAAUUGUGUACGUGUAUACGUGUAUAUGUGGGAUAGUACAUUACCUCAGUAUAAUAAAUGCAAUAAAUUAAACAUAUUGUUGGCAGCCUGUUACCACUUCUAUUUUCAUCGAUCGUCCUAAGAAGUAUAAAAAGCUUUCAUACUCUUUGUGUAAUUGUUGGUAAUUGUUAAAAAGACUUUCUAGUUGUAAGUUAAUCGUAUUUCAAAAUGUUAACAAUGAAUUCUGGUUAAAUUUGUUAAUAUAGAAAAUUGUUCCGUUAAUAAAGUAUAAUUUGUCACAACUAAUUUAAUUGAAUUGAAUUUGAAUUUAAAAGGAUUUAGAAGUUUUUGAUUGAGUAGUGAGUGUCACUGUCAAUCGGCUCUGGAACUUGUAAAUAUAAAUGUACAUUAGUGUAGACGAUCCAUCGCGGUACAAUCACUGGCCAGACAUGUGUUCCUACACCAUUUCUUGCCACUUCUACCAGUUUUACGAUUCUCCUUUUCAAAUUUGAAACUUAUCCAACCUGAAUAAGACUUAUGCAUGUUUUGCUUACAUUUCAUUCUGUACAAUGUGGUUCUCAUAGUUUAAAAUGUUAAUAGAAGGAAAAUGCACAACUAUCGGUAUUUGGCGAUUAUUUUGGAAUUCAAGUCGCGCCAAAUCAGUGUUACACGGUCGAGUGUGUAUAUUGUAUUCUAUGAAUGCAUGUAUGCAGAACUUAUUCCCAGCAAUAACGCGUGUUUCAAUUCUUAGAAAUUCAUUCUUUUGGCACUUUUUAAGUGGAUAUUUAAUGCUCCGUGUAGGUAUGAAUCCUACACGUGUUUCUUUCUGGCCGUUCUUUCUCAUUUUCUCUGUAGAUAAUCAAAAUAUUUAAACUUUAGUUAAAAAUUGUCUCUCCUCUUCUGUUUGAAGACGAUAUGUUACCUUGAUCUAGUCUAGAAUGUUGGGUACUUGAGCUUCCAAGUACAAAUAUGGCUUUCAGCACAAACUAAUUAUCGUACUGUCUGGCAGUGUUACAAUAUUGUAUUACCUUAAUUACUUUUAUAUUAUAGUAUUUGCUGUAUCUCAUGUCUAUUUUUUCUGUCUAGUGUCACAUGAUAUUUAUUGCGUGUACGAAUUUUAAUCGGUACUUUCCUUAAUAUUCAUUGAGAUAUGUAAUAAUGUUAAAGAUUGCUUUGAGUCCUGAAUAUUCCCACUCCGCCGCUGCCGCUACAGGGGGAGGUUCCACAGAGUUACUCCUGAUUUACACAUUGUAUUACCCGUAACGCUUGCAGUUGUCUCAUUUGUCUCUUCUAUUGUCAGUAUUCGAUACUAGUUAAUAUCAUCAAUGUUUAGCUUUCUUUCUCGAUCUUUUGUUUAUCGGGGACAUGCUCUCCACCAUCUGUGUGAUCCUCAUUUAUUUCUCUUGCUUCGCUGUGUUGUCGACACAUGAUGAACCUUUAAUUUAUAAUAUACAGAGUAAGGAUAAGCUUUUCAUACAUUGUUACCAUAUUGAUAGUUGGCCAGUCCGGUGGGGGCGAUUGACGCGGGGCUCGGAGCUCGGAUGUCACUAGCGACACAGCGGGCGGUCUCACUGACGGUAGACAAUCUCACUGACAGUGGGCCGUCUCGCCGACAGUGAGCGGCCUCGCUGACACUGAGACUGUCUCGCUGACAGUUGACAGUCUGACUGACAGUGGGCUGCCAGUGUACGUACAGUUACUGGUGUUUUAUCCACCACAGACCCGAACCGAGCUCAGCCAUUGUCGAUACACUGUCGUCGCUCUCCACUUGUCUGGGUUCAGAACAGAGUUUUUACUUUGACUGCAAAGUAACUUUCCAAAACAGACUUUGUUGUAAUUGCAAUAUUUGUACUUUUCCAUGUUGAAAACUCACAAUAAAUUAUUUAAACAUUGUAUAAAA